AUGAGGAUCGAAACUUGCCAUUUCUGCUCUCGCCCCUGCUACCCUAGCAAGGGUAUCACUUUCGUGCGCAACGAUGCAAAGAUGUUCCGUUUUUGCAGGUCGAAGUGCCACAAGAACUUCAAGAUGAAGAGGAACCCUAGGAAGCUGGCCUGGACCAAGAGCUACCGCGCGGCGCACGGCAAGGAGAUGACAGUCGACAGCACGCUCGCCUUCGCCGCUAGGAGGAACGUUCCCGUCCGUUACAACCGCGACCUGGUUGCCAAGACGCUGCAGGCGAUGCAGCGCGUCGAGGAGGUCCGGCAACGCCGCGAGCGCCUCUUCUACAAGGAGCGCAUGAAGGGCAACAAGGAGCGCCAGCUCGCCGCCGACCGCAAGCUCGUCGAGGAGAACCAGCACCUGCUGCCGCCGGAGCUGCGCGACGAGAUUCCCGAGCACGUGCGCCAGAAGCUCGAGAGCAUGGAGGUCGAGAACGAGGAGUUCGAGGACAUGGACGAGGAGGUCGAGGAGGAAGAGGAGAAGACGCGCGUCCGCGCCAAGGUCCCCAAGGCGAAGAGGAAGCAGAAGCUCAUCGUCGGCAAGGGUGUGGAGGAUAUGGAUGUCGACGAGUGA